GACUUUUCAAUUCUGUCAAUAUUGAAGUCCGUUUCGAGUUUUUUAGUGUUACAAAUCCAAAUUGAAUGAUUUUGAGUUAUAAAUUUUAAAAUAGCGAACAUAAAAUCGGGUAUUAAAAGUGGAAUUGAAACAUUUUACCGUAAACGUUACACAUUGUUUGUAGUAAAUAGACAGACUCAAGUUUUGGUACCAAUGACCAAUCAUGUCAAAUGCAUUCAUAUGGUGGUGAGCAGUCGAGAGACUCAGUAGUCUGCUCGCUGCGUAUAACAUUACUUCAAAACGUUAAGCGCACCAGUGCGGUACUGCACGAUAAUAAUAUCAUGAUCGAAUGAUAACCUAGAUUCAUGAAAAGAUUCUAGUCGGAAUCUUCCUUUACAACGCCGCGAAUUUCUAGAAGAGUUUAGUGAAAGACUUAAAAUGUUUAGUAAAUUAUAUGAAAAAAGACUUCAGCAGCAGUGCAGUCCUGUCAGUAGGAACCAGUAUGUGCUGGCCCGGCCAGAGCCUAUGGACAGAUUCAUUCCAUGUAGACUGGAUAAUAAUUGGCAGACAAGUUUUCAAGCAAUACGUCGGGGAACAGACAACCAGCCAGCAAAGAAAGCGCGCAGUGAUGGCAGUGGGAAUGAGAACGCCAGCAGUGGGAGGGAUCACCUGGCCUAUGGCUGUCUACUCCGCAAUGAGCUCUUGGGUGCCCAGAUCGAAGAGUUGAGAGGUCCUCCAGCUCCCUGCUCAGAUGGAAAUAGAGCCGCACUGGGUUCUGUUCAGUUGCCGGGGUCCGCACUGGCAUUUUCACCGCCAGUAUUUAGAUUCAGAGCACAACCACAAAACGCUGAGGAGAAUAUAGAUCCAUCUCCAUACAGCCUUUCGCCAGUGUCUGCAAAGUCACAGAAGUUGCUUCGGUCCCCGCGGAAAGCGACCAGAAAGAUCUCUCGGAUACCUUUCAAAGUCUUAGAUGCUCCAGAUCUGCAAGACGACUUCUACCUAAAUCUGGUGGACUGGUCAGGCCAGAAUGUUCUCAGCGUCGGCUUGGGAAGCUGCGUCUAUCUCUGGAGUGCGUGUACUAGCCAAGUGACUCGACUUUGCGAUUACUCGUCGGAUGGCAACACCGUGACAUCUGUGGCAUGGAGCGAGCGAGGCCACCAUGUGGCUGUUGGCACACAGAAAGGUCAUAUCAGUGUAUGGGACGUGGCUGUCAAUAAAGAGGUAUCAAAUCUUCAAGGGCACGUAGCACGCGUGGGCGCUCUGGCAUGGAACGGCGACACGCUGAGUUCAGGCUCCCGUGACCGACACAUCAGACAGCGUGACACUCGGGCACCCAAUGCAACAUCAUCACGUAUACUACAAGGGCAUAGACAAGAGGUGUGUGGAUUAAAGUGGUCCCCUGACGGACAGUUGCUCGCUUCCGGUGGCAACGACAACAAACUCUUUGUUUGGUCUAUGCAUUCUCCAUCGCCAGUGCAAACAUAUUCGGCGCAUGUGGCAGCGGUGAAGGCCAUCGCCUGGUCUCCGCACCAGCACGGCCUUUUGGCCUCUGGAGGAGGAACUGCAGAUCGCUGCAUACGUUUCUGGAAUACGCUGACUUCUCAGCCAAUGCAGUGUGUCGAUACUGGUUCCCAAGUAUGCAACCUCGCUUGGUCUAAACACUCCAGCGAACUUGUCUCAACACACGGAUAUUCGCAGAACCAGAUACUUGUUUGGAAGUAUCCUUCGCUAACGCAGGUCGCAAAGUUAACCGGUCACUCAUAUAGAGUGCUUUACCUGGCCUUGUCCCCUGAUGGUGAGGCGAUCGUGACCGGCGCAGGAGACGAAACACUCAGAUUCUGGAACGUUUUCUCCAAAACACCUUCACAUAAAGAAAAUAAGAGCGUGUUAAACCUCUACACGGCUCUUAGAUAAGUGUUGCCAGAUAGACAUUGCCGGUUUAUUGGUAAAAAUUUGGUGGUAGUUUGUGGUUUUUAGGUUAUUUGGAAUUGGUGUGUGAUUGGUUUUCGUACGUGUGGUGUAAAACUCGGAAAGGUUUCAUUUAUAUAUUUUUUUAAAGUGUUCUUUAAAUAGUGUUGCCAUUCCGCAUAGACAAUUUGCCAAAUUACUUUGGAUUGUGAUCAUGUUUUAGAUGUAUUUAGUUGUUUAACUUUUAUAUUGUUUAUUUAGAAGACUAUCGCGCUCUCUCUUUCUCAAGUGUACUUGGAUAGAGAUGGCGACAAUUUGUCUUCAAAAAAUGUUUAAAGAAAUUCUUUGGAAUAUGUAUACAAUAGUUUGUGUAUUUCAUAUUUACUGUUUGUAUAAAUUGGAUGGAUGUGCGCUAAAUAAUAAUAUCAUGGUACAAAAAUAUAAAUAGUGAUAGAAAAGUAUGCUAAAAGAGCGUACCAAUUUUAAAAAGCCGGCUACGCACUCUCGACUCCUCUGGUAUUGUCCGUGGUGUCACUUAAAAUUAGAUGAGUCGUUGAGUAUGGUAGUCGAGGUAUAUAAAAAAAUACUUUAUACAACAAAAAUCGCAAUCAAGUGUUGCCAGUUUAAAAUUAUUUUAGACGGUUUAUUUCUGUCUCUUUCAUGUUUUGAGAAGAGAAUUAUUAUUUAGCACACAUCAAAGUUUAGUAAAUGUUUACACGCGUUUGGUUAGUUUGUAUAUAAUGUGUUUUGUAUCUAUAUAUCGUUUUGAAUAUUUUUGAAAUUAUGGUUUUGAAAAAUUAACUUCAAUAUUAAAAUUACAUUUUUGCAAAAAUAUAUUUUCAAAGGCCUCGUUUUAAAUACGAGUUAAAAUUAUGAAAUGUAGUUAAAUUUAAUUUGUUUACUGUAAUAAAACACCGAUUAGUCUUAGUACAUAAUAAGUAUCUGUAAAUAACUUAACAGUUAAAAUCACUUGCGCAUAAUUAAGUUAGUUUUAAGUCUCUAACGGUACCUCUAAUGAUCUCAACAAAUUCUUGCAAAUUUAACUUUAUAACAAAUUAAUUUAACGGCGUAUUUAUUUGGUAAUUAGGCUUAUAUUAGGAUCUGCUCUGGGCGGGAGGAAGAUUUUUUGUCUCUUUCCGGUUAUUUUUUUAUCUACCGCUUUCUAUACUCGAUCUAUGAUAAAAAAUUCAAUCCAAUCUAUCUAAUCUACGCAAAUUUAGAUUCAUAAAUGUCAAAAUCAAAGAUAUUCUACAGAAACAUCCAUCGAUAGCUUUUUGAGAAAUGGAUUGAAAUAUCAAUCUCUAGAACUAAAAUUCGAUUGAAACGGAUUCGGAUUGUGUAUAGGCUAUAAAAUUGGUUUUUGGAAAUGGCAAAUAGCUUCCACGAAUAAAGGAAUCCGUUAAAUAGAAGCUAUUUGACAUUUCUAUAUAUCUAUACAAUUGACAAUUGUCACCGUUUGGGUGUCAAUUGUCAAGUCAUAGACAAGACCAAAGAGGCCACAUAUAAAAAAAAAAGUGUAUGUGGCCUUUUUGCUAAACAGAUAAAUAACUACGUAUGUAGAUUUACAUUUAUAUUAUUUGAAGAGACGUUUAUCCACCGGUUUUCCCGCCAAGAGCAACAUCGAGGUACCCCAAGGUUUUGGUUGUUCUUUUUCCUACUAGAUGAGUAGUCUGAUUGGAUUUGUGCAAUUUAGAUUAAGCGCGGUUGCAUGCGCCGUUUUCAAUGUAUUGGAAACGCCCUUGCAACCGCAUUUGUAGUGGUAUGGUCGAAGCCAAAUAUUAAAAUUGUGUUUUUUGGUGUACAACACUUUCGGAGUCAUUUUUGUCAAUUUUUCAUCGAUUCAUAUAGUUCUGAUUACUGACUAUAGAUAUAACUUUUAGCUUUGUUUGUAAUUGUCUAUCUACUUUCUUCUACCUUUGGUCUAUUCAUUUUUUCCCGCUAAAAGUAAUGAAAACUCAAACGUCAAUAUUUGUUUCUGUCAAUGUGACGUUUCGCAGACGUCAUUUUGACAUUGAAAUUGGACAGUCGAUUCCAGGCAUAAAAUGUUUUCGUUUAACGACCGCAAAUAAAAAGAAUAACAAAUUAAUAUGUGCACGCUUGUAUUUAUGUAAAUUAAUGACGGUUAGUCCCGUUCAUAGAGAUAUAUUUAUAGAAGAAAAUAAUAUAUUCAUGCACUAAGAUAG